AUGGCGGAAGCUAGGAAAGGUCCAGCGACCACGAACACGCAAUCGCCAGCUCACCUUGUCGAACGCAAGGAAGUCGAAAUACCCACAGGAUGGAAGUACAAAAGCUCGAAACUCGGGCCCAUCACCUUUCCUUGGUAUGCCUCACCUGAGUCGCAGUUGAUCUUGGUGUCGUUCGUCUGCUUCCUAUGUCCAGGCAUGUUCAAUGCCCUCAACGGCCUUGGUGGUGGAGGGCAGCUUAGCAAAAACGCUUAUGCUAAUGACGCCUCCAACUCCGCACUCUACGCUACUUUCGCGGUUGUCGGUUUCUUCGCUGGCACCGUUACUAACGUCCUUGGCAUUAGAAUUGCGCUCUCAUUUGGUGGCCUCGGAUAUUGUGUCUACGUUAGCUCAUAUCUAUGCUAUAAGCACACUCAAAACUUUGGCUACAUUGUCUUCGCCGGCUGCUUGCUUGGAUGCUGUGCAGGCAUUCUCUGGUCUGCGCAAGGCGCGAUUAUAAUGUCGUACCCCCCGGAGAAACUAAAAGGCCGAUUCAUUUCCUGGUUCUGGAUCAUCUUUAAUAUGGGCGCUGUCAUCGGUAGUCUGGUUGAACUUGGCCUGAACUUCCACAAUCAAAACAACGACACUGUCAGCGAUGGCACCUAUGUCGGCUUCUUAGUCCUCACAUUCCUUGGAGCCUGCCUAUCCUGGACACUGGUUGAUGCGAAGCAUGUCGUGCGCCGUGAUGGGUCUAGAAUCAUUCUAAUGAAGCACCCGACGUGGAAAUCGGAGAUACUCGGCCUUUGGCAGACACUUUGGAGUGAUCCCUACAUCAUACUCCUCUUUCCGAUGUUCUUCGCCUCCAACUGGUUUUACACAUACCAAUUCCAGGACGUUAACCUCGUGCGGUUCGGCACGCGUACUCGCGCACUCAACAACACGCUUUACUGGCUAGCUCAGAUAUUUGGGGCUCUCGUCUUCGGCUUCGCACUGGACUUCCCUUAUGUCAGAAGGACUACACGAGCAAAGGCUGCUUGGGUUGUCAUGUUUGUCCUCACCUUCGCGAUCUGGGGCGGGGGGUAUGUUUUCCAGAGGAAAUACACUCGCAAGGAAACCAAGCCGGAUAAUCACUUUGUAUACGACUGGAACUCAAAGGGCUAUAUUGGACCGAUGUUCUUGUACAUCUUCUACGGCUUCUACGACGCAGCAUGGCAGACGUGCGUAUAUUGGUUUAUGGGCGCAAUCAGCAACAACAGUCGCAAGCUCGCCAACUUCGCGGGCUUCUACAAGGGCAUUCAGUCAGCCGGCGCGGCUAUCAUCUGGCGCUUGGAUGGGUUGGGGAACCCUCCACCAUAUAUGAACCUGUUCGCUUCGUGCUGGAUUCUGCUUGCCGGCAGCUUGGUUAUUGCGCUCCCGGUUAUGCUUCUGAAGAUCAAGGAUACCGUGCCAGUUGAGGAAGACCUCAAAUUCACUGAUGAGACUAUCGAGGACGUCAUCGGCCACGAAGUCAUUUAUGACUCCCCUGAGCGGGAGAAGGGUUGAGUGGUUGUCUUCAGGUCGUUGAUGAUUUUUUGGGAUCUUGUCGUUACUUUUACUACUUGCGUGUGAGGCGUUAUUACGAGUACGAUGUUCCAAAAGCGCUGCUGGGCUACAAGGGCACGGGAACGGCCGAAGGGCGGAAAUCUCUAGUCUGAGCACUUCAUGAUUAGGACUUCCGUGGUAAUUAAGUGUUAGAUAAUGGCAUGGGUAGUAUUUAAUGCAAUUCUGGU